AGUAAGAGAAGUGUCAUGACGGUGUGCUGGAUUUUGAAUGAGAGCAUGUCCACCGUGGUGGUUCUCUCAUGGCUGACAGUAAAUUUCUAUCUAUUUAUUGACACGUUCUGUUGGUACGCCGAAGAGGAGGCUUUCUUUUAUACACGAGUUAUUCUGGGUUCUACACUGGCGUGGGCCCGAGCAUCUGCGGUGUGCCUGAAUUUUAACUGCAUGCUAAUUCUGUUACCUGUCAGUCGAAACUUCAUUUCACUAGUGAGGGGAACGAGUAUGUGCUGCAGAGGACCAUGGGGAAGGCACCUAGACAAAAACCUCAAGUUCCACAAACUUGUUGCCUAUGGGAUAGCUGUUAAUGCAGUGAUCCACAUUGUGGCACAUUUGUUCAACAUGGAGCGUUACCACCUGGGUCAAGCCAAGGAUGCUGAGGGACUGCUGGCUGCACUUUCCAAACUUGGCAAUGCACCAAAUGAGAGCUACCUCAAUCCAGUCCGCACCUUGUCUACGAGCACAACCACUGAGCUACUAAUGACAAUCUCAGGGAUUACUGGCCUGGUGAUCUCUCUGGCUUUGAUCUUGAUUAUGACCUCUUCAACUGAGUUCAUCAGACAGACUUCUUAUGAGCUCUUCUGGUAUACACACCACAUUUUCAUCUUCUUCUUCAUCAGUCUGGCCAUCCAUGGAGGAGGUCGGAUUGUUCGAGGCCAAACUCCAGAGAGUCUCCGGCUCCACAAUGUCACCUUCUGCAGAGAGCACUAUGCCGAAUGGGAGGCAGCUGCUUUGUGCCCGGUACCUCAAUUUUCUGGCAAAGAACCUUCGGCCUGGAAAUGGGCUUUGGGUCCUGUGGUCUUGUACGCAUGUGAAAGAAUAAUUAGGUCCUGGAGAUUUCAACAAGAAGUUGUCAUUACCAAGGUGGUGAGCCACCCGUCUGCAGUCCUGGAACUUCACAUGAAGAAGCGCGAUUUCAAGAUGGCGCCCGGACAGUACAUCUUCAUCCAGUGCCCAUCCAUCUCCCCUCUGGAAUGGCACCCCUUCACGCUCACCUCCGCUCCCCAGGAGGACUUCUUCAGUGUGCACAUCCGUGCAUCCGGAGACUGGACAGAGGCAUUAUUGAAAGCCUUUGGGGCAGAGGGACAGGCCCCCAGGGAGCUCUGUAAUAUGCCAAGGCUGGCGGUGGACGGGCCCUUCGGAGGCUCCCUGACAGAUGUGUUUCACUACCCUGUGAGUGUAUGCAUUGCAACAGGAAUUGGAGUCACGCCCUUCGCCUCUCUUCUGAAGUCCAUGUGGUAUAAGUGUUGUGAGUCACAGAGCCUGCCUGAGCUGAGCAAGGUGUACUUCUAUUGGAUCUGCCGCGAUGCCGGGGCAUUUGAGUGGUUUGCCGAUCUGUUACUUUCCCUGGAAACACGGAUGAGUGAGCAAGGGAAGGCUGACUUGCUGAGUUACCAUCUAUUUCUCACUGGCUGGGAUGAAAACCAGGCUAUUCACAUAGCUUUACACUGGGAUGAAAGCCUGGAUGUGAUCACAGGCUUAAAGCAGAAGACCUUCUAUGGGAGACCCAACUGGAAUGAUGAAUUCAAGCAGAUUGCCUACAAUCACCCCAGCAGCAGCAUUGGUGUGUUCUUCUGUGGACCCAAAGCCAUGUCAAAGACUCUGCGAAAGAUGUGCCGUUUGUACUCAUCAGCGGACCCUAGGGGUGUUCAUUUCUAUUACAACAAGGAAAACUUCUAGAUGCUGGAGGUAAACUUAAUGCACUGUGCAAAUGACUGUAAUCAGAAAGGUCAAGAGUCAGGAGAUGUU